UGAAGUGUAAAAUGGUUAAUUGAUAAUCGCCAUGGCAGCAACAAAGAAACUCUCAUCUCUGUUUCCUGUAUUCUCUCUCAUCUGCUUCGUCUCAGUCUUUUUCCUUCUCUCUCUUUCUAGAAAAGCCUCCAUUUCCUCUUCUCCAACUCAUUCCCAAUUCCUCCAAUUUAAACCCAUCAACGCCACCAAUAACGUCCACGCUAAUGCCACCAGUGGAUCCGACCCCUAUGCGUCGGCCGAUUCUUCAUGCGAUUACUCCGACGGGUCGUGGAUCUACGACCCGGAUGCGAGAUUCGAUAGGUAUGACAGUAGCUGCAAGGAAAUAUUCAAAGGAUGGAAUUGCAUUUUGAAGAACAAAUCAAACGGUCGAGAUAUCGUUAAGUGGCGAUGGAAGCCUCGUAACUGCCAUCUCCAGCCGUUCGAUCCGCUCAAGUUUCUUCACACUUACAGAGAUACUAACAUUGGGUUUGUUGGUGAUUCCUUAAACAGAAACAUGUUUGUUUCUUUGUUUUGCACUCUGAAACGUGUGUCUGGUGACGUGAAGAAAUGGCGUCCCGCUGGGGCUGAUCGCGGCUUCACCUUUAUUCGCUAUAAUCUUACCAUUGCAUAUCAUCGAACUAAUCUUUUGGCACGCUAUGGUAGGUGGUCUGCUAGUGGUAAUGGUGGUAAGUUGGAAGCUCUUGGGUAUAAAGAGGGUUAUAGAGUUGAUGUUGAUAUUCCAGAAGGCACAUGGGAAAAGGCCCCAAGAUUCCAUGAUAUACUAAUCUUUAACACAGGACACUGGUGGUGGGCUCCUUCAAAAUUUGAUCCAGUCAAGUCACCCAUGUUUUUCUUUGAAAAGGGUCUGCCUGUUAUCCCUCCCAUAGCCCCUGAUGUUGGCUUGGAUAAGGUUUUAAAACACAUGAUACAAUUUGUGGAGAAAACCAUGCAAACAGGUGCUAUUAAAUUUUUUCGCACGCAAUCACCCAGGCAUUUUGAAGGCGGCGAAUGGGACCAAGUUGGUUCAUGUCAGCGUUUACAGCCUUUGUUACCUGAACAAGUGGAAGAACUCUUCUCAUUGAAGAAUAAUGGGACAAAUGUGGAGGCACGCCUUGUGAAUCAACACCUAUACAAGGCCCUCAAGGGAUCUAAUUUCCACAUCUUAGAUGUUACGCGUAUGAGUGAGUUCAGAGCAGAUGCCCACCCUUCUACGGCUGGAGGAAAGAAACAUGAUGACUGCAUGCAUUGGUGCUUACCGGGAAUUGCAGAUACAUGGAAUGACCUGUUUGUAACCCAUCUAGACAGUCUUAAAAUUACAAACUGAUGUAUUAUACUAACAUCUUGUUAUUUAAAUAUUUACCAAAAUUGUAUUCCUUCUGUGUUUCUGAAGCAGUUUGUUAAUUUUGAUUCAUAUUUGGCGAUUGGUCUAGAGUUUAACCUAAUCGGUGGGCCAUUUUAUAAGAGUUACAAUUCUCAACUUGUAUUAAUUAUACUCCUCUUUUUUUUUCAUUUUCUUUCUCUACCUGGUUAUUUGUAAUUGACCGUUGAAGUUCUAAGAUUUUGCCUUUAAUGGGAUUAUAAAGAAGUCCUCUGAAUCUGAU